AUGCCUCCUACACCUCUGACGGCUCUAUUACGACCGGCAGCUCUUUUACCUCCAUCCGAGGAGUCUUCUGCGAGAACUAUCCAAGCUGCCAGUCUUCUAUCAGAACCAUCUCCAGGCCUGGAAGCUGGUCUUGGUGACCAGUCCAUGGCAGCCACCAAGGAGGAAGAUUUCCUCAGCUUGGUGGGUAGGUGGCAGAGUCCCCCCCUCACUGUCUCGGAGAUUGGUCCUGGCAGAUACCACCAGGAUCAGAGAUCUCUUGAACUACGACUGGAGGGCCUGGGUGGACCCCCUGGUGCUCAGCCAGUGCAUAAGGCUCUCCACCGCUUGUGUCCCCCAGCGUGCAUGUACUCAAGAAGUCCUACAAUGAAAUUUCCAGUUCUGAUGGUCCUGGUGACUCUUUUCAAUAUUUUCCUAUGUCAGGAUUUACCAAAUUCUGUAGAGGUUGAUCUUCUUCAGGAGUUCAGAUUGUCCAAAGCAUCGGAUCUAAACAUAGUUGAAGGAUCAAACUCAGAUUCUUUAGUUUACUGCAUAAAUCCUACCAUACAGCUCAGGAAAAACACCAGUGGUCAUCCUGACUGCUUGCCUUCAGAAUUUUCCAUCAUUGCUACUUUUAAGAUGCUGGAAGACACUCCACAAAAUGUGUGGAAUUUAUGGCAAGUUAGUGAUUCUGCUGGCAAAACCAGAGUUGGUAUUCGCUUCCUGCGUGACAAAAAAUCUCUGGAUUUCUUUCAUGCCACUCCAUCCAAAACACUCAUGUUCAGGACAUUCAACAAUGUGGACAAGGCUUUUGAUGGUUCUUGGCACAAGUUAGCAUUAAGUGUGAAAGGCGAUGAUGCAAAAUUAUUGAUUGAUUGUCAGGAGGUCAGUGCAGUUCCAGGAAAUGAACAGAGAGGUGUUUAUGGAAACGGAUAUACUUUGCUGGUAAAAAGAUCAGUUGAAGAGUCUCCUGUUUUGGUGGAUUUACAACAACUUGAAAUGCACUGUGACGCAGAUAAAGCUUACUCGGAAGGCUGCUGUGAGCUUUUGGAUGUUUGCGGAGCAAGCGCUCAACAGGAUCUUACUGGAAAUACAGUAUGUAAAUGUGCCCAUGGGAGACCAGGAGAUCAAGGAACAACAGGGCCCAAGGGGCAAAAAGGAGAGAAGGGAGAACAAGGAAAGUCUGUCAGUGUUGGAAAUCUGGGAGUCCGUGGUAACCCGGGAAAUUAUGGAAACACUGGAGAGCCUGGUCCAAAAGGUUUAGUGGGCACUAAGGGUGAAAAAGGAAUGAGAGGGUUACAUGGUGAAUGGGGUGAUCAAGGUCCUCUAGGUCUCAAAGGAUUACCAGGAGCAGAGGGCUUCAAGGGGGUAUCUGGAACACCAGGAAACAGAGGAGAACCUGGGGCAAAAGGAGAAAAGGGAGAACUGGGGCUUGUGGAAAUCAUGGGAUUCCAAGGAGUGAAGGGUAAUGAAGGCUUCUCUGGGGCUGAUGAUUUACCAGGCCAAGAAGGACCUAGGGGCCUCGUUGGUGUUCCAGGGGAUUUUGGUCCACCCGGACCAAAAGGAGCUCCAGGUUUUACCGGAUCUCGAGGAAGGAAAGGUACACCUGGUCCAAAGGGAAUACGUGGAGAUCCUGGGUUGCCUGGGCGAGAGGGGGAUCCUGGUAUAGAGGCCUAUCAAGGAUCUCAAGGGCCAGAGGGUGGUCAAGGUACUUUGGGUUUAAAGGGAGAGAAAGGAUUUCUAGGAGAAGCAGGUCCUGAAGGCCCUUGGGGAAGAACAGGUGAUACUGGUUCAAAAGGGAUUGCAGGAAUUCCUGGUAGGCCUGGCUUCGCUGGUCCCCCUGGAACUACUGGUCAUAUUGGGCUACCAGGAACUCGUGGAUUGAAGGGAAAUGUUGGUGUUCCAGGCAUAAAGGGUCUAGAAGGUGACAAGGGAGAAAAAGGAGUUAAAGGACCAAAAGGAAAUGUUGGAGACAAAGGACCAACAGGACCAGAGGGUUUUAUUGGUAAAAGAGGUCCACCAGGAGAGCCUGGAUCCCGAGGCCAACCUGGAGAACAGGGUGUUCCUGGAGAUGAGGGUCCACCAGGAAAUGUUGGAUCAGUUGGACCUCCUGGGCUGCCUUUCCCAGCAGCUCAUGUGAUAGAAGUGUGCAAACGAAUUGUCUUAGAACAAAUGUCAAUGUUUGCCAAUAGUGUUGGGAGGAAAUGUGCCAGCACAUGCCCACUUUAUGGAGAUGUGCCUAUGGGGCCUCCAGGACCUGUUGGUUUGCCUGGACCUCCUGGAGAAGAGGGCAAACCUGGGUUAAAUGGAGCUGAUGGAGAACAUGGACCUAAAGGCUUUUAUGGCGAUGUUGGUGACCCAGGAAAACAAGGACCAAAAGGUGAACAUGGAGACAAAGGAGAUAGAGGUGCCAAAGGUUUUGUAUUUGCUGGCUUUGAAGGCAAUCAAGGCCCAAGAGGUGAAAGUGGAAGAAGUGGACUAGCAUUCAAUGGACUUCCAGGUCAGCCUGGCCCACGGGGACAUAUGGGACAGUCUGGUUUGAGAGGAUACCCAGGACUUAGAGGGCCUCCAGGUAUAUGUAAAACAGGGUGUGAUCCUUAUCUUUCAAAUGAUGUAGAUCAGCAAAGUGAGUCAUCAUCUUCUUUUGUAUGGCAAGCAAAGUGA